AAUACCGGUCUUGUUAAUAAUAAACACUACUAUAAUUAAGUUCAAAGCUACUUUAAACGCAUUUAUUUACCUGAAAAUUACCUCUAAGAAUAUCCAUGGACGAUUUAAAUCCCCUGGCGGGCACGGCUCACCUUUUGGAAGAGGUUGACAAGAAGCUGAUGGUGCUUUUGAGGGACGGGAGGACUCUGAUCGGUUACCUACGAUCCGUGGACCAGUUCGCCAACCUGGUGCUGCAGCGCACCAUCGAGCGGAUACACGUUGGCAACGAGUACGGUGACAUUCCACGCGGAGUUUUCAUCAUUCGGGGCGAAAAUGUGGUGCUGCUUGGCGAAAUCGACCGCGAGAAGGAGCAGAAACUGCCACUUAAAGAAAUCUCCGUCGAUGAAAUCUUAGACGCACAGCGCAGGGAACAGGAGCAACGGCAGGAGAAGCACCGUCUGGUUUCCAAGGCACUAAAGGAACGCGGCCUAGCCGUAGACGCAAAUAUAAUCAACGAGGACUUCUGCUAGGACUUCAUUUCUCUCUAAGCACAUACAUAGAUAGAUAAGGCUCAAAUGAUUUUCGUCACUUUGUAUAUUUGUACUGCAUUAAAAAACUAUGUUAAAAUCUA